AUGGUCAGGUCUGGGCAAACGGGAGCGAUCCGUGCCACGUGCGAGCUUGUAAUGCAAAUUGUUGAUGUAGGUAGGGGGUUGCUCAAACAAAUAUUAAGCAUGGCGUCCAUACCGAAGAAAACCCAAGUUGAGUUGUGGUCGAGGCGUGACCUUUGUCUAAUGCGUGACCUUGAUGCAGCCGUGACACCAGAUUGGAGGGUCUGGUCUGGUGCGCUGAGACUCAACUACAGGGAACAAAAAUGUGGCUUUGAGUCUAGAUAUCGAUGGUUUUGA